AUGGCAGCCCAAAAUGCGAAAACUUUCUCCAUUAGGUUUUUCGUCGGCACAGAUUUCGCACAUGAAAGUCGAGCAGGGGACCAGUUUGGGCGGAAAUUUUCGAUUGGGGUGGCGUUGGGCUUGUUGGCGGCGGCGGCCGCCGGAAUUUUGACGGUUUUCGAAGCUUUAGGCGCCAUUUGCAAGGUCGCGACGACUGAACCGCCACUUGAUUCUCCUCGGGAAGAGUUGUUCGUUAGUGGAUUUUGGGAUUUGGUUACGGUGUAUCUGCAAUUAUCAAUUGCAGAGUCCUGCGGCUUUGGGAGUAUAAAACAAAGGACAACCGCGAAUGUGGAGGAGAUUGGGCUGAGAGAGGAAAAUCUGGCGGGCAUUGACGCAUAUGCAUCGGAUCUUCACCUCCGAGAGCUUGCCCUGUUUUCACCCUUUCAUGUCGAGCAGCCGCCGGAUUACAAUACGACCUCGUCCAUCAUCCCCUCCCAUCGUUAG